AUGCCCUCAGAUACUACACCGCGGAGACUCCCGUCCUCCUCCGCCCGUGCUGUUUCCUGCCCUUCUGGCAGCCAAUACCUGGAACCGGGCUUUCAGCACGGCGACGCGGUAGUACCUCAUGGGCGACACGGUUCCCGCGGGGGGCAGACGAACCGAAGAGGCGACCACGAAGACGAAAACGAAGACAACAGUCGCCGGUCGUCCGGCAGUAGAAUAGGCGGCGGCGGCGGCGGCGGGGGGGGUGGACACCGGGACGGCUACCGUCACCACGACGGGGGCAGGAGCGGUGGUGCCGGGCUAGGCGCCAGGGGGAGCGUGAGGGCGUCCCCGUCGACGGCACCGUCGACCUCGGCAUCCACGGAGGGCGAACGUUGCUUGCCUUCCAUAGACGGCCCGGAAAUCAGCAACAAUCCAGCCGAGGAUAAACCGGAAGGCGGACGACGAGGAGGUGGAGGGGGAUCCGGUGGCCGCGGAGACCCAGGUUGUACGCCGUCAUCGGCUAGACACGGGCGGGAUCUAGACCUACCAGGCGGCAGCAGCCAUGGUGGAGGGGCGCAAGCGGAGGGGAGGAGUAAGAUAGGGGAAGGGCUCCUGCCUGGAAAGGAAACGGGGGGACGAUUGAGCAACAACAGAAACGACGACGACGACGACCGCGACAACACCGGCAGCCAUAGAAGCGGCAGAAACAUCAACAGCGACAGAGAUGAACCCGGCGACAAGGAGCAUGCCUACGUCGGCGCAUCGAGGUCGUCUGGGGGUAGCCGGGUGGACCCCUCCGGGCAUCAUGUCUCCGGGGGGCGGGUCACGCCCGGCGGCAACGGCAACAACAGCGGUGGCGACGUCGCCACAUCUAGAAGACGAGCCGGUGGCAGUCUCCAGAGUGAUUCAGAAGCAGCAGGACGGGCCGCGCGCAACAGCAGCAGCAACACCAGCAGCAGGAGCGGCAACAGGGAGUGCCUGGUCGGCUUGCAAAACCUCGGAAACACGUGCUUCAUGAACGCGUGCCUGCAGUGCUUGCUGCACACUGACGCCCUCGUCGACCUAUUUAGAGGCAGAUAUGGGCACAGCGAGCAGCGUCUCGGCAGCCACAGCUCCGCAAGCCCGACCCACGGAGCUCUUGCGCAGGCGUUCGGGGAGUUGGUAGCCAUUGUGGAGGCGUCACCUGCCCACUCCAACGUAUCUCCCGCGCAGGUGAAACGACUGAUCGGUAAGUAUGCACCGCAUCUCGCCGGGUACGGGCAACAAGAUUGUCAGGAGUUCUUGCGUUUUUUCUUGGACGGGAUGGCAGAGGACCUCAACACGCGAGGCGGUGGUGGUGGUGGUGGGCAAAACCACCAUGGCCACCAACGAGGAGCGAAGACAUCACCUCAACAGCAACCACACAUCGAGGGCGGGGCAGGAGCAAGCGGGCGCCAUCGCCAGCAACAGCAGCGCUCCGGUCCGCCGCCCCCGCCCCCGCCCGUGAACCAAGAGCUCACGGACGAACAAAUCUCGAGGCUCACCGCGGAGCAACAGGCCGAUAGGGCCUGGGCCCAGCACCGCGCGAGGAACGACAGCGACAUCACCGGCAUGUUUUGCGGCCAGCUGCAGAGCCGCAUCUCCUGCCUGACCUGCGGCAACGUUAGCUUCUGUUUCGACCCUUUCUUCGAUCUUUCGGUGCCGCUACCCAGCGGCAGUGGCCGAGCGGGGGCAGCAGGAGGGCGGGGCGGAGACGAGGGGGGGGGCUACGGCGGGAGGAACAGCCGGGGCUCUCACAGCUCAGGGGGCAGGGGAGGGGAGAGCAGCUCGGCCUUCGGGGGCACGAGCGCAGCCACCACCACCCUGGAAGAUUGCCUCCGGGCUUUCAGCACGGAAGAGACGCUCGACGGGGACAACCGGCCGGUGUGCACCCGGUGCCGCAAGCGCCGGAGCAGCUCCAAGGGGCUGGCCGUCCACCGCUUCCCCCCCAUCCUCGUCAUCCACCUCAAGCGCUUCCAGUACAGCUCCACCAGCCGAACCAAGCUAGCGACGGCGGUCGAUUUUCCGAUCGGGUCGGAGCUUGACCUCGUCCCGUACUCCACUCCGGCCGCGCGCCCUUCUUCCUCGGGAAGCAGCGGCGGCGGCGCGAAAAACAGUAGUCACACGAGGAGCACGUCUCGAGGUAGCACGGGCGGCGGCGGCGGCGGUAACGGCGGACAACCCCCCCCGCUGUACGAGCUCUACGCGGUGUGCAACCACAUGGGGGGGCUUCACGGGGGACACUACACGGCCCACUGCCGAAGCAGAUCCGGCGAUAGUGGUAAUAGCGGAGUUACGACCGGGGAGUGGCACACGUUCGACGACACACGCGUGAGUCCGGUCAGCACGUCGCGAGUGGGAGGGGCGGCGGCCUAUGUCCUGUUUUAUCGCCUUUUGGAGAGCGCACACGCGAGAUGA